AUGAACAAAAUCAUCGGACGAAACAUGUGGUCUGAGACGUCCGAGUAUGAGCGUCUCAAAUCGCUUGAAAGAGAAGAUGAUGACCUCGAAGAGUCUAGCGAGUUGAUACACCGCUCCACCGUCAGGCUGCCGAGAAAGAUGCUCAUGACGCUCCUGGCCUGCAACAUGCUUCUGUUCAUCGCAUCGGUAUACAUUCUUUGGGCUGGCACCCUGGGAAGAUGCGCGCCUUCAGAGUGGGAGUGUGCGAAAACCGUCUCGCCUUGGUGUGAGUACAUGUUCGCAGCGCGAGCAUCUUCGCUGCACCUUUUGCUGACCAGGGGAGCAGCUCCGUUAUGGGAGGCCGUAGAGUUCUGGGAAGGCAAUUUCGACAACGACUUUGCCCACCCUUCCAAGUAUCGCGGUCCGCCAACGCUUGAGCUGCAACAAACCUGGAAUGAUCUUUGGGGCGUUCGCGGGGUCGGAGUGGGCAAAGACGAUUUGCAAAAGCUUAACAAGAGUGACGUUGAUCAAUACAUUCAGAUCCAAGGAAGCGACCCCAACAAUCCAACGUACGGCGCUGCGGUAGAGGCUUUGCACCAGCUCCAUUGUCUUAACGUGAUACGCCAGUACACCUGGCCGCUCGAGAUGUAUGACAAGUCGUGGGGAAAACUGUACCCGUCAGACUUGGAAGACACGGCUACAGCGCGGGUACAUGUCGACCACUGCAUAGAAACCCUUCGACUGAGCUUGAUGUGCUAUGCCGACGUUACACCCGUGCUGCUGAUGUACGACGAAGCAGCUGGUGGCCGACGAACCGACUUUAAUACCCACCACAAGUGCCGAAAUUUCCAAAAGAUUAUGGAUUAUAUAGACGAACAUGGAGUGCAGGUUGAUCCUUCUUGA